AUGAUAGACAGCCUUUUCGUUUUAAAUACAGCUGGAAAAAUUAUUAUUGAAAAACAUUGGCGAGGACUUAUAAAUCGCCAGGUUGUUGAUUAUUUUAAUGACCAUGUAUCUAAACAGUCUUCCCCAGAAGAAUUAGUACCAGUUAUUUCGACACCAAAAUAUCAAUUGGUUCAUGUUUAUCGCUCUAGCCUAACGUUUUUAAGUCCUGUCUCUAGCGAAGUUGAUAUUCUAUUAGUGAUUGAAUUCCUUCACAGGAUAGUAGAUAUAUUAGCAGAAUACUUUGGUGAAAUGUCUGAAAUCUCAAUAAAAGAUAAUUUUGAUGUCGUUUAUCAGCUUUUGGAGGAAAUGAUGGAUUAUGGAUAUCCAUUAACUACCGAACCUAAUGCUUUAAAGGAAAUGAUUGUACCUCCAAAUAUAAUAAAUAAAGUAAUAAGUCAAGUUGCCGGAGUUACAAGCGUUACGCAGCAUAUUCCUAGUGGAAGUACUAUAUCUAGUAUCCCAUGGAGAAAAGCUGGUGUAAAAUAUACAAAUAAUGAGAUAUAUUUUGAUGUAAUUGAAGAGAUUGAUGCUAUUGUAGAUAGCAAUGGUGCAAUAGUAUCGUCCGAAACUCAUGGUUUAAUACAAGCAAAUUGUCGUUUAUCUGGAAUGCCUGAUCUUACAUUAAAUUUCGUAAAUCCAAGAGUAUUGGAUGAUUGUAGUUUUCAUCCUUGUGUCAGAUAUAACAAAUUUGAAAACGAACGUGUACUUUCUUUUGUACCACCUGAUGGUCAUUUUAAGUUAAUGAGUUAUCGGGUAAAUUUGCCACAUCAUCAAUCUUUACCAGUAUAUGUGAAACCCCAAAUACAUAUUGGAAACAAUGGCGGUAAAUUUGAUAUAUCAAUUAAUAUAAGAAAUACAGAUGGAAAGCCAGUAGAAAAUGUUUUACUAGUAUUUCCUUUAGCUCAAUCUGUAUCGAAUGUUAAUGCUACAUGUAAUCUUGGUUCAUAUAUAUUUGAUCCCGUCACAAAGAGUAUUAGAUGGGAUUUAGGUAAGUUAGAACUUAAAGAUAGACCUUUGUUAUCUGGAAACUUUAAUAGCCCUGAACAAACGCCAGAAUCUGGACAUACAAUUACAUUAGAUUUUUCAAUUAAUAUGUAUGCUAUAUCAGGACUUAGAGUCGAUAGUUUAAAGAUAUAUAAUGAAGGAUAUAAACCAUAUAAGGGAAGUGACACAUAUGAUGUAAUUAUGGGAAGAGGAGGGUUUUACCUCUCACAUGAUUAUUAG